AUGGAGCCCGAAUUUCGACCCUAUGUCAAUUUGCCGCCAAUGACAAAAAGUGAGUUGGGUUACUGUAGAUUUUGGCGCGAAAAUUGGGGUUUUUUGCAUGUUUUUUGGCCCAGGAUUACUGUAGAUCAAUUUUGCCGCCAAAAAUUUCAAAUUUCAAAUUUUUUGCAGCUCGGAGCACAAGUCAUCUGGCUCCAAUCACACCCGAACAUCAUCGAAGUACAAGCUGUGAAGAUUCGGCAUCUUCAAGCUCAGAAUCUGGUCAGUUUUCGCUUGUAAACAAUUUUAAAUCCCAAUAGACGUCAAAAACUAAUUUUUUUUCUUUUCGAAAAUGUUAAUCCCAUCUAAAAGCACUUGUAAACAACAAGAUUUAUCCAUUUUUUGUGAUUUUUAAUUUUAAUCCGCAAAAAAAUUCUUCUUGGGGGGUCUAAAAUGACUUGAGUUAGCCAAAGUCGCCUCAAAUUUGUCUCAUCUUAUUCAGCGCGAAAUUCCACGUCAAAUGGUGUAGCUAACCUUGAAAACCAUGGAAAAAUAAAAAAAACCAAUUAAAGGCACACGUAUUUAUCCAAAAUGGUCCUGCGGCGAUGUUUGCUUGUGUGUACUUCUCGCGGAGGAGUUGCGCAAUUUUUCUUUUUUUCGGUUUUCGGGGGAAAGAGUGAAUUUCAGGUGUGAAAUGGAGUUUUAAAAGCGAAAUUUUUGAAGAAGACCUAAGCCUAGACAUUUAGCCUAAGUCUAAGUUAGCCUAAAAAUCAUAAAUUUCCUCAAAAACCCGAAUCCAGCCAUGUUUAGACUCUAAAAAUUGGGAAUUUCAGCUUGAAACUUCUCCCAAGCCUAUAAAUCCCUAUUUUCCAGCCGUCCGAAUCCGCCAAGACCCAAAUCUCCAUCGCGAUUCCAACAUUCCAAGUCGAUUUGUGGUGGCUUAUGAAUACGAGGCUCAAAAAGAGGAUGAAUUGAACUUGCCGCUGGGAUCGAUUGUUCGAUUGAUUACAACUGAUACGUGAGUAAUUUUGGGCGGUUUUUGGAGGAAAAAUCGUGAAAAAUGGUGAAAAAUGAGUAUUUUAGGUGGAAAAGUAUCAAAAAACAUGAAAAUUAAAGCUAAAUUCAAUUUUAGAACUGAAAAAGCAACCAGUUUCAUGAUUUUUAGAAUUUUAAGGCUGAAAAUAGCUAUAAAAAUCAAAUUUUCUAACCUAAAUUUAGUUUCAGAACUGAAAAACCUGUAAUUUUCACUGAAAAAUCAGAUUUUUAUCAAAUUUUGGCUGAAAAUCUGAAGUUCAGCUUGAAAAUGAAUGAAAAAUCGAUUCUUCUAACCCAAAUUCAAUUUCAGAACCGAAAAAUCUGUAAUUUUUCACUGAAACAUCAGAUUUUCAUCAAAUUUUCGAAAUUUUCCACUGAAAACCAUGAAUUUCAAGCCAAAAGCUUUUGUUUCAGCCUAAAAUCAUGAAAAUCUCAAAAUUUUCAACCUAAAAUUGAUUUCAGGACUGAAAAAUCUCUAAUUUUCACUGAAAAACACGAUUUUCAUCAAAUUUUCGCAAUUUUUCACUGAAAACCAUGAUUUUCUAGUCAAAAGCUUCUGUUUCAGUCAAAUUUCAUGAAAAUUUCAAAAUUUUCAAGCUAAAUUCAAUUUCAGGACUGAAAAUCCUGUAUUUUUCACUAAAAAAUCAGAUUUUCAUCAAAUUUUCGCAGUUUUCCACUGAAAACCAUGAAUUUCUAGUCAAAAGCUUCUAUUUCAGCCUAAAAUCAUGAAAAUCUCAAAAUUUUCAACCUAAAAUUGAUUUCAGGACUGAAAAAUCUCUAAUUUUCACUGAAAAACACGAUUUUUAUCAAAUUUUCGCUAAAAAUCUUGAAAUUCAGGUUGAAAAUGAUAAAAAAUCGAUUUUUCUAACCUAAAUUUAAAUUCAGGACUGAAAAACUCAAAUUUUUGACUGAAAAAUCAGAUUCGCAUCAAAUUUUCGCUGAAAAUCUGAAAUUUAAUUUGAAAAUCAUGAAAAAUCGAUUUUUCUAACCUAGAAUUAUUUUCAAGAUUGAAAAACUCAAAUUUUUGACUGAAAAUCUGAAAUUUAAUUUGAAAAUCAUGAAAAAUCGAAAUUUUUACUCUAAAUUUAAUUUCAAGACUGAAAAACUCAAAUUUUUGACUGGAAAUGUCUGAAAAUCUUCAAUUUUAAGCUCCUAGGUUGAAAAAUCAUGAAAAAUUUGAAUUUCCCACCAAAAUUUAACGAAAAUACAUGUUUCUAAGCCAUACAUAAAAUGGGUCCCCAAAUUCGGUGCGGGGGGUUAACUUUUUCGAAAUUUUUUAAGGGAAGGGGGUCUAACUUUGAUGAAUUACAUAAUUUCUGUUUUUUCAGAGUCAAAGUCCAACUGGAAUUUUUUUUGUAAUAUUUUUUAUUUGUAAAAAUAUAACAUUUUAUUAUUGCUUUCUAAAUAAUCUGCAACUCGAUCGGCGUUGGCAGAGUCUGGCCCAGAAGAACAAAUGUAUAUAUACAAAUAGCUUGUUCAAUUUUUUUAGCAACGGAUUUGGAAACUCCAAAAAUCGCCUUCAUCAUUAAAAACCUUGAAAACACAGUUGGAACUGGACUGAAUUUGUCGAUCGAUUUUGAGUUUUUCUUUUUCUACCAACCUCCAUUUGCCACUCUUUCUACAAAAUUCAGCUCAUUGAAAUUCUAUUGUUUUGCUUCAAAAACUUCAAUGGAUUUUUUGUUUUCUGAUUCUACAAAAGCCGAUUUUCUCAAUCUGUCACUGGAACUCGAAAUCUCGACGAAUUAUUCAAAAACUAAACAAAAAACAUCAAUUUUGUAAACAAAACUCAGGUAUGUUAUGAUGGGAAAAAUAAGGGAAAAAUUAAAAAAUUUGAAAAAAAAUCAAAAAAAAAAUUUUUUUUUUCUUCAAAAUUUUUUUUCACCAAGAAUUUUUUGGAACUACUUGACCAAACAUGGUGAUAUUUGGUACAAAGAUACUUCAACUAUCCUAGAUCUAAGUUUAAUAGACAAUGUUCUCUGAUUUUGCACCUCCCGUCUUUUCACCACUCCUCUUUGUCAAAAAUCACGAUUUUUGGUCAAUUUCAUGCAUUUUCAGAUCCUAAUUCAAUUUUUACUUCACCAAUUCUAGUAAGACUUGGCACAAAGUAACUUCAACUAUUGUUCUUCAAAAUCGAAAUGAUACAUUGGUAGUAAAUUGCGUUUUCAGACAUUUAGACACCCCGCCCCUCUUUUGGGGCCAUACGCACCGGAUUAGGUUCGGGGUGUCUAAGUGUCCGAAAACGCAAUUUACUACCCAUGUAUCAUUUCGAUUUUGAAGAACAAUAGUUGAAGUUACUUUGUGCCAAGUCUUACUAGAAUUGGUGAAGUAAAAAUUGAAUUAGGAUCUGAAAAUGCAUGAAAUUGACCAAAAAUCGUGAUUUUUGACAAAGAGGGGGUGGUGAAAAGACGGGAGGUGCAAAAUCAGAGAACAUUGUCUAUUAAACUUAGAUCUAGGAUAGUUGAAGUAUCUUUGUACCAAAUAUCACCAUGUUUGGUCAAGUAGUUCCAAAAAAUUCUUGGUGAAAAAAUUUUGAAGAAAAAAAAAUUUUUUUUUUGAUUUUUUUUUCAAAUUUUUAAAUUUUUCCCUUAUUUUUCCCAUCAUAACAUACCUGAGUUUUGUUUACAAAAUUGAUGUUUUUUGUUUAGUUUUUGAAUGAUCCGUCGAGAUUUCGAGUUCCAGUGACAGAUUGAGAAAAUCGGCUUUUGUAGAAUCAGAAAACAAAAAAAUCAUCGAAGUUUUGGAAGAAAGUCACAGAUUUUUAAAGUUGAAGCCUGCAGUUUGUAAAACGUGGAAAGUCACGGAAUUUUCGGCAGAUUAAGAAGAAAAACUCAAAGUGGUUUAUCUACAAAAUUGUUCCAUUUUAUAGUUCCAACAUAAGUUGAUAUCCAUUUCCAGAGUGAUAAUUGAUAAAGCCUCUAUCAUUUUUUUAAAGAAUAAAUGAACAAGCCACUUGCAUACAUUUGUCCUUUUUUGAGCCAAACUCCGACAAUGCCAAUCAAAAUUCGAAUUAUUAAAAAAGCAUUAACAAAAUGAUACAUUUUUACAAAUGAAAUAUACAUUACAUAAAAAAUUCUUUUAAAAAAUGAAAGGAAAAAAUUCGAUUCGAUUUCGUCUCUGAAAAAAUUAGAUUAUAUGGGAAGGAAUAUAAUAUUUGAGAAUGGGCAGUGCUGAAACAGUAGAUUAUUGAGUUUUGAAUUUGUCUGAUUUUUGUCAAAAAAUUUUUAAAUCUUUCGAAUAUAGUUCAAAAGUUAGAGGAAAGGGGGGUUAACUUUUGAAAAAAUUUUGGGAGGGGUGCUUAACUUAAAAAAUUUACGUGGGGGACCUAUUUUAUGUAUGUUCUAAGCUAAAAAACCUCCCCAAAUUCAAAUUUCCCACCAAAAACCCCCCAAAACCCUCUCCCAACCUGAAAUUAAUUCCAGUAACGAAGAUGGUUGGUACAAAGGUGACCUGGAUGGUCGAAUUGGCCUAUUUCCCUCGAAUUAUGUUCGUCCAAUCGGCGAAGAAUCGAAUUUGCUCGAAUUUCCCGCCAAAAACAUCCAAAUCCCCCCACAAUUUCAAUAUUUGGAGCAAGCGGAAAUUGGACGCGGAGCCACUGCUACCGUAUUCAAAAUCGAUUUACGGGUUCAUGCGCAAGAUGCUGAAGGAAUGGAGAUUUUUGACGAGUUUACCACUGAGAAAGCGGCCCUCAAAAGGUUCAAUUAUCAUAUUUUGGAUAGAACACGGACUUCUGUGCCACCUUGUGAGUUGGAUUUUUGGUUUUUGGGUGAAAUUUGCAAUUUUUUGACACCAAACAAGCCUAGAGCGCCUUUAAAUCUACAGUAACCCAUUUUUGGAAUUUUUAUACCAAAAAAAUUCACUGUUUCAAACAAAAAUUAAAAUAUUUCUUUUUUUUUUUUUAAAUUUGAUUCGAUAUUCAUGAAUAGUACUGUAAAUAUUUUUUGGAUUACUGUAGAUCAAAUUUUAGCUCCAAAAAAGCUACAGUAACCCUGGAAAAAUCUAGCUAAAAGCAAUUUUUAUACCAAAAAAAAAUCACUGUUUCAAAAAAAAUUAAAAAUUUUUUUCCGAAAAAAAAUGAUGAUAAAGAUCUAUGCGGACACGCCAUCUAGGAAGUAUUGUAAAUGAUUCUUGGAUUACUGUAGAUCAAUUUUUCCCGCCAAAAGCUACAGUAACCCUGGAAAAUUCGAGCUUAAAACAAUUUUUAUACCAAAAAAAUUCACUGUUUCAAAAAAAAAAUGAAAAAAACAUUUUUUUCCGAAAAAAUGAUGUUUGUAAGAAAUUCGAAGCAAAAAUUCUAGGAAGUAUUAUAAAUAAUUUUUGGAUUACUGUAGAUCAAAUUUUCUCGCCAAAGCCUACAGUAACCAUGGGAAAAUUUAGCUAGAAACAAUUAUUAUACCGAAAAAAAUUCACUGUUUCAAAAAAAAAUGAAAAAUAAAAUUUUUUUCCGAAAUGUUGAUAUAAAAAACACUUCUGGGGCACUGUAAAUGAUUUUUGCAUUACUGUAGAUCAAAUUUUCUCGCCAAAGCCUACAGUAACCAUGGGAAAAUUUAGCUAGAAAAAAUUAUUAUACCGAAAAAAAUUCACUGUUUCAAAAAAAAAUGAAAAAAAAAAUUUUUUCCAAAAUGUUGAUGGGCUCACAUGGAUCUCUUCAUUAAAAAUAACAGUAAUCCCUAAGAAAAAUUCCGGGGUACUGUAGAUUUUUUCGGAUUACUGUAGAUCAAACUUUCGCUCUAGAAAGCUACAGUAACCCUGCAAAAAAUCUAGCUAAAAGCAAUUUUUAUACCAAAAAAAAUCACUGUUUCAACAAAAAAUUAGAAAAAGAAAAUUUUUUUCGAAAUGUUGAUAUAAAAAACAAUUCUGGGGCACUGCAAAUUAUUUUUGGAUUACUGUAGAUCAAAUUUUCCCGCCAAAAGCUACAGUAACCCUGCCAGAAUUUUUUUGUUGCAAAAAUAGGGAAAUUUGAUGUCAAAAUGCUCCAAAUCCUUUGGUAGAUCACAUUUUGGCGCCAAAAACUACAGUAACCCCAAUUCUCACGCUGAAAAUUCAAAUUUUCCAGACGAAAUGCUAAAACGCGAAGCGAAUCUUGUCAACGGUCUCCAACAUCCAAAUAUCGUCCGAUUAUUGGGUGUUUGCACAGAAAAGCCCUAUUUCGGCCUGCUUUUGGAACUUUGUGAAGGAGGAAGCUUGCGACGGGUUUAUCAUGAUGUAAGUCUGAAAAUUUGGCUGAAAAUCUGAAAAUCCACGUUUUUUGAGCUAAAAAUCAUCAUUUUUGAGCAAAAAUCAUGGUUUUUAGCUCAAAAUUCGCCUAAUUUUCACCUUAACGACCUUAAAAACCUUAAAAACCCUAACCUUAAGGCAUUUUUUCCAGAAUAAGCAAAAAACAAUACCGUUUCGAGUUUUGGUCGAUUGGGCUCUGCAAAUCGCUUCCGGAAUGGAAUAUUUGAUUUCGCAAGGUUAUGUUCAUCGAGAUUUGAAGGCGGAUAAUGGUAGGUCGUUUUUGGCGCCAAAAUCUACAGUAACCUGGGAUACUGUAGAUCAAAACUACAAAAAAUUUGCGAUAUUUUAAUACUACAAAAUUUCACUGUUUCAAAAAAUUUUGAAAUUUUUUGGAUUUUUGAAAAAAUUUCAAUCAAAUAAUGAAUUGUAAAAAAAAUCCACGUGGCAUUUUUUUCGCGAAAAAUUCAGUUUUUCAUCAAACCAACCUUCCAGAGAUACUGUAGCUCAAAAAUCUACAGUAAUCCUGAAUUUUUGGCGGGAAAAUUGAUCUACAAUAAAUUUGGAAUUUUUUUUCUUACGACAAAAUUUCACUGUUUCAAAAAAUUGUGAAAUUUUUUGGAUUUUUGAAAAAUUUCAAUCAAGUCAUAAAUUGGUAAAAAAAAAUUCACGUUGCGCUAAAAAUUACAGUAUUCCUACAGUAACCUAAGAAUUUUAAGAUACGAAAAUUCAGAAUUUUCAAUUUUUUCUGGAAUUAUUUUGAGAGAUACUGUAGGUAGGUUUUGGAGCAUCAAAUUGAUCUUCAGGUCCUUGGAGUACUGUAGCUCGAAAAUCUACAGUAACCUGGGAUAAGCUACAAAAAAUUGAAUUUUUUGCACUACAAAAAUUCACUGUUUCAAAAAAUUGUGAAAUUUUUCGGAUUUUUGAAAAAUUUCAAUUAAAUCAUAAAAUUUGUAUAAAAAUCCACGUGGCAUUAUUUUUGACACUACAGUAAUCUGGGUCAUUUUUAGCUCCAAAAUCUAUAGAAAAAGAAAAUUAAGUUGAAAUUUUGAACUGAAACAAGUUCCAUAAUGAAGUAGAGAUUUGUUCAAAAAAAUGUUAUGCAUUUUUUGAAACAGUGAAAUUUUCAUUUCCCGAAAUUCUGCAUUUUUUUUAGUCUAAAUAAGGAUAGAUAAUGCAAAUUACCCAAAUUUCACUGAAAAUCAUGAAAAGCUCUGAAAUUUUUUGAAACAGUGAAAAUUUUCCAGCCAUUUUGUAUAAGUCAACAUAAAUAGCUCUGAAAAAAAUAAUUUCGGAAUUUUUUGAAACAGUGAAUUUUUUUUCAUGAAAAAAAAUUCACUGUUUCAAAAAUUUUAUUUAAAAAAAUCUUGGUUUUUAAAAUAUUCCCUCAUCCAUACGAGAUUUUAAUUAAAAUUUAUUAAAAGUUUAGAAAAACCUACAGUAACCCUGAACAAAAAUUGUGCCAAAAAUUCCAAAUUUUCUGUAGAUCACUUGGAAGUACUACUGUAACUCCCUAAUAUCUACAGUAAUCCAAGAAUUCUGAAUUAAAGAAAAAUGUUUUUGAAAGUUCAAUAUUUUCUUUAGAUGUCAAUUUUCUAGCUAAAAAUCUACAGUAACCCUAAGCAAAAAUUGUGCCAAAAAAUCCAAAUUUUCUGUAGAUCACCCAAAAACUACAGUACCUUCAAAUUUUCAGUGAAAAAAUCUGUAGAUCACGAUGUUCUAGCUAAUAAUCUACAGUAACCCUGAGCAAAAUUGUGCCAAAAAGUUUCGAAUUUCUUGUAGAUCAUCCAGGAAGCUACAGUACCUUUGAAUGUCGAUGAAAAAUUCUCUAGAUCACGAUUUUCCAGCUAAAAAUCUACAGUAACCCUAUCGAAAAUUGUAUCAAAAAAUUCCAAAUUUUCUGUGGAUCACGAAUUUCCCGGCUACAGUAACCCCAAUUUUCUUGCAGUUCUGGUCAAAGAAGAGGUUUGCACCUGUAUCACCGAGCAAAACUUCGAAUGGUGUCCAGAUUGCGGUGGCCGCCCAUUCGAUCGCCUCAAACUCAAAAUCACCGAUUUCGGCGUAACCCGCGAACUCACCGCCGAAGCUAUUAACAGGCAAAGUCAAGUGGGCACUUGUGCCUGGUUAUCGCCCGAAGCUUUUCAUGGAACCUACUCAGAAGCAUCGGAUAUUUGGAGCUUUGGAGUUGUCCUUUGGGAGCUCUUGUCAAAAGAGGAACCCUAUCAGGGACAAGUUCCCGCAUCGAUUAUGUUUCAGACUGGAAUUUGUGGGAAAAGUCUGGAAAUUGAUAAGAAUUGCCCGCAAAAAUGGCGAGAUAUUAUGCAGAAAUGCUGGAAUUUUAGGCCGGAAUCGCGGCCGAAGUUUCAGGAACUUGUAAAGUUCUUCCAAGGAUAUAAGAGAGAGUUGGAGGAAAUUGGGUUGGUUCAGAAUUCGGAGAUGGAUACGCAACUCAAAGAGGCGCAGGUGAAGAUUGCGCAGGAAUUCAAGGAUAUUUAUUGGAAGUGUUCGGCGGAUCAGCGGAAUUUGUUGGAUCAAAUGAUUCAGCAGCUAUACGCGCCGAUUUCGGGGAUUGAGCGGAGCAAAAGAGCAUCGGUGGCACCGGCGACGAAAGCGCGAAAGAAGAAGAAGAAACCGGAGAUUUCGGGACCGGUUGGAAGUAUGAAACAUAUUUAUUCGAUUAAGGUGGAGGAGGGAAGUGGAAAGGAUCAGAAGAAUCAAUUCAAGUUUUGUGAGUUGGGGGAAAUUUGCGAUUUUUUGACACCAAACAUGACUAGGGUUACUGUAGAUUUUGGCGCUAAAAAUUUUGAUCUACCUGAAAAUUUGCGAUUUUUUGACACCAAACAAGCCUAGGGUUACUGUAGGUUUUUCAGCCGAAAAUUGGGGAGCUACAGUAACCCAGAUAUUCUAGAUUCCAAAUUUUUGAUCCACCUGAAAAUUUGCGAUUUUUUGACACCAAACAUGACUAUUUUUGAUCUACCAGAUUACUGUAGUUUUUUUGAUCCACCAGAAUUUUCUCGAUUUUUUGACACCAAACAAGCCUAGGGUUACUGUAGGUUUUUCAGCCGAAAAUUGGGGAGCUACAGUAACCCAGAUAUUCUAGAUUCCAAAUUUUUGAUCCACCUGAAAAUUUGCGAUUUUUUGACACCAAACAUGACUAUUUUUGAUCUACCAGAUUACUGUAGUUUUUUUGAUCCACCAGAAUUUUCUCGAUUUUUUGACACCAAACAAGCCUAGGGUUACUGUAGGUUUUUCAGCCGAAAAUUGGGGAGCUACAGUAACCCAGAUAUUCUAGAUUCCAAAUUUUUGAUCUACCUAAAAAUUUGCGAUUUUUUGAGACCAAACAUGACUAUUUUUUGAUCCACCAGGUUACUGUAGUUUUUAGCACACAUUUUCAGGAUCUACAGUAACCUAGGAAGUUUGAAAGCUACAGUAGUCUACAAAUAUUUGAUCUACCAGAAAAUUUGUGAUUUUUUGACACCAAACAUGACUAUUUUUAGGCUACUGUAGGUUUUGGCGCUAAAAAUUUUGAUCCACAAAUAGGUUUGGAAUUUUUGGCACCAAAUUUUCACCUACAGUAACCUUGAGGUUCAAAAUUGGGAGCUACAGUAACCCUAGGGUUUCAAGGCCAAAAUCUUGAUCUACCAGGAAAUUUGGAAUUUUUCAUGUACCGUACUCCUGGGUUACUGUAGCUCUGAAUUUCUUGGUUCCAACUUUUCGAUCUAUCAGAAAUUCUAAAGGUUACUGUAGAUUUCGUAGCCGAAAAUUGAGAGCUACAGUAACCCUCGGUUUUUUCAAGGCCAAAAUUUUGAUCUACCAGAAAUUCUGGAAUUUUUUGAUCUACAGUAAUCCUUGGUUACAGUACCUCCCAAACAUUUUUGACACCUAAAAUUAGGCCUACAGUAACCCUAGGUUUUCAAAGCCAAAAUCUUGAUCUAUCAGAAAUUCUGAUAUUUUUUGGUCUACAGUAAUCCUGGGCUACAGUACCUCUCAAACAAUUAUUUUUCAAAAUUUUUUUGCAUCCUGUAAAUCUAUCGUUACUAUUUUUUUGCACAAUCAAAUCGUGUUGUCUCUACAGUACCUACAGUAAUCUAUCUACAGUACCCUUUCUCUAUCUCAAAAAAUUAUUUUUUCCUGUGACUUGUCAUUUUCAGACGACUAUUCAACACUUCCGCGAAGUUUCGGCAAAAAUGCGGCGAAUUUUUCGGCCUCAAGCCCAGAUUUGAAUUUGAUCACAGAUUUGACGCCGAAUUCGGAAGUGGCGCCGAAAAUUUCGCGGCAAAAAGCGAUUCGCAAAAAACAUGGAAGAAAUUCGACGGAUUUUCUGUUGGCCAGCGCCGCGACUUCGCCGAUUUCGGACGAUUUGUGCGCCGAAUCGAUGUUUGCGCAAAGUAGGUGUUGUUUUUUGUGGUUUGUGAAGAAAUUUGCCACGUUUUGAGACCAAAAAUGCAUGUUUUAUUUAUUUUUAGCACAAAAAAAUUGAAUUAAAAAUUUUACUGUUUCAAAAAUUUGUGAAAUUUUUGGAUUUUUCUCUAGUUUUUGAUGGUAUUCUUUAGAAAAUAGUACAAAAUAUAAAAGCCACGUGGCCUUGAUUUUUAACGCCCAAAAAUUUUUAGUUACAGUAGUUUUGUAGAUUUUUUGCGUCAAUAAUUGGAAAAAAAAAUCAAAAUUGUAUUUUGGAAAAAUUUCACUGUUUCAAAAAAUUAUCAAAAUUUUCAAUUUUUUGGAAAUUUUUGAUACUAUUGUUUUUGACGCUAUUAUAAAAUUGAUGAAAUCCACGUGGCAUAGAUUUUUAGCGUCAAAAUUCAGAUUAUUUUUCGGCUCCAAAAAUCCACAUUUUUUUUGAAACUUUCAAUGAAAAAAAUUUUACUGUUUCAAAAAAUUGUGAAAUUUUGGAUUUUUUCUAGUUUUUGAUGGGUAGUUAGUACAAAAGCUGGUACAAAAUAUAAAAUCCACGUGGCAUAUUUUUUGAAGCUAAAAAUUCAAAUUUUUUCUCUCAAAAAAAUUUCACUGUUUCAAAAAUUUCUUAAUUUUUUUGAUUUUUUUUGGAAAUAUUGAUAGAUCAUCAUUGAAUAACUACAGUAAUCUAGUUUAAUUUUUCGCUGUCAAAAAAUUUCACUGUUUCAAAAAAUUAUCAGAAUUUUCAAUUUUUUUUGGAAGUUUUUGAUUCUAUAAUGGCAUUCGAUGAAAUCCACGUGGCAUAUUUUUUGGAGCUAAAAAUUCAAUGUUUUUCUCUCAAAAAUUUCACUGUUUCAAAAAUCUCUUAAUUUUUUUGAUUUUCUUUAGAAAUAUUGAUAGACACCCGUGCAUAGGAUCAUUGAUUAAUAAAAUUUGGAAUCAAACAUUCACGUGGAUUUUUCAACUACAGUAAUCUAGCUUUCGCUUUAGAAUCAAAAAUUUCCAAAAAAAUUGAAAAUUUCACAAAUUUUUGAAACAGUAAAAUCUUUUCAUUGAAAAUUCCGAGAAAUUUGGAUUUUUUACGGCAGAAAGCUUAGCUUAAAAUAUUUCCAUCAAUAAAAUUCACUGUUUCAAAAAAAUAUUGUUUUUUUUACAGUAGACAACGCGGAUGAUGUGGUUCUAAUCGAAUCAACUUCCAAAGACAAUCAUCAUCAUCACAACCAUCACAGUCAUCAUCCGAAAAAUGGAACUUUUUCGAGGGUUUUGUCGAAAUUACCAUGGGUGAGUUGGUUUUUGGGGGGAAAAUUUGUUUUUUUGAGCCAAAAACAUCUGAAAAAUUCGAUUUCCAGCAGUAAAAAAGACGAAAAAUGGGAUUUUCUUUGAAAUUUCAAUCAUUAAAUUGACGUCAUAAAAUUCAUGCCACGUGGAUUUAUUUGAAAUUUGAUUAUUCAAUUUUUUUCAACUAACAAAACCCCAAGAACUAGAAGUUUCCUAAAACAGCAAAAGAUAUUAAUUUUUUGAAACAGUAAAUUUUUGGGGAAUUUUUUCAACCAAAACUAUACUGUAGAUCAAAAUUUGACGAUUUUGAAUUUUCAAAAAAAUUCACUGUUUCAAAAAAUAUUGAAAAUUUCGGACGUUUUUUGAAAACGUUCCCACAUAUUUUUUACGAAAAAUCUGCAAAUUUUUAGCCAAAAAAUUUCAUUGUUUCAAAAAACAUGAAUAAUUUGAGAGUAAUUCGAAAAAACUGAUCCAUCUAUAUUUGUUUGUGAGACAAAUUGCCAAAAAUUUUCGAAUUUUCUUGAAAAUGUGAGAAUUCCAGUCAAAACUUUAACAAAAUUCACUGUUUCAAAAAAAUUCGAAAUUUUGAGAUUUUUUUGAGGAAAACUGUUGAAGGGUUGAACAAAUCAUGAAAACUAUGGAAGUUUCAGAAGAAUCCUAAUUUUUUGUGCAAAGAAAAAUUCACUGUUUCAAAAAAUUGAUAAGUUUUUGAAUUUUUGGUGAAUUUCUGAUAUGUUGACUUUUUUGCUAUUUCCUGGACCAAAAAAAUCUGGAUUUUUAGCUUUAAAAAAUUCCUUCCACGUGGCAUGAUUGUGUGGCACCAAAAGUUUCAAUUUUUGCAUUUCAAAAUUUCACUGUUUCAAAAAAACAUGAAAAAUUUGAGAAUUAUUCGAGGAAUUUAAUAUGUUCUUAUUUUUGAGAAAAAUUCCCCGAAAUUUCUAAUUUUCAAUCGAUUCCAAAAAAUUUCUAAUUUUCUUGGAAAAUCCGAGGAUUCCAGUCAAAACUUCAACAUAAUUCACUGUUUCAAAAAAUAUUGAAAAUUUUGACUGAUAUUUCAUUUGUUUGUUGAGGAAAAUUUUCUUAUCUUCAAUUGGUGUCAAAAAAUCACAUUUUCUUGGAAAAUCUGAGAAUUUCAGUCAAAACUUGAACAAAAUUCACUUCAAAAAAAAGAUUUUUUGAGGAAAAAUGUUGAAUUUCACGGAAAAAAAUCAAGAAAAACUAUGGAAAUUUCAGAAAAAUCCUGAUUUUUUGUGCAAAGAAAAAUUCACUGUUUCAAAAAAUUAAAAAGUUUCUGAAUUUUUGGUGAUUUUCUGAUACAUUGGAGUUAGACCAAAAAAUCUUGAUUUUUUAGCUCUAAAAAUUCCACGUCGCAUAAUUGUGUGGCACCAAAAAGUUCAAUUUUAAAUUUGAAAAAUUUUUUUGAUUGAUAAAUUGAAUGUUUAUUAUCUACAGUAAUAACAUGUUUUUCUCCAAUUUAUUCAUUUUAAAAGUUCACUAUUUCAAAAAAAAUUGAAAUUUUUGGAUUUUUUUCGAAAACUCAAUGAUAGAUUGCAAUAAACAACAUCAUAUUUUUACGAAAAAUCUGCAAAUUUUCAAUUUUUUGCAUUUCAAAAUUUCACUGUUUCAAAAAACAUGGAAAAUCUGAAAGUAAUUCGAAAAAACUGAUGCAUCUAUUUGUUUAUUGUGAGAAAAAUUCCCAAAAAUUUCUAACUUUCUUGGAAAAUCCAAUAAUUUCAGUCAAAACUUGGACAAAAUUCACUUCAAAAAAGAGAUUUUUUGAGGAAAAAUGUUGAAUUUCACGGAAAAAAAUCAAGAAAACUAUGGAAAUUUCAGAAAAAUCCUGAUUUUUUGUGCAAAGAAAAAUUCACUGUUUCAAAAAAUUGAUAAGUUUUUGAAUUUUGCUGAUUUUCUGAUAUAUUGGUUUUCAUCAAGUCAAAAAAAUCUGGAUUUUUAGCUCGAAGAAUUCCACGUGGCAUAAUUGUGUGGCUAAAUUAAUUUUUGCAAAAAAAAUGCACUGUUUUAAAAAAUAUUGAAAUUUUUUGCUUUUUUUUACGAAAAAUCUGCAAACUUUAAAUUUUUGCAUUUCAAAAUUUCACUGUUUCAAAAAAUAUCAAGAAAAUUCUAGUCGACUAGAGUUUUGAUCGAAACUGAAAAAUCUUAAUUUCUCAAUUUUUUCAUAUCAAAAAAUUCACUGUUUCAAAAACAUUUGAAAAAAAGUUUAUUUUUCGGGAUUUUCUGAUCCUGUUUUGGUACAUGUAGAAAAGAAAAUUCAAAAAAUUCAACAAAUUUCAAUUUUAAGUUUGAAAAUUGCCUGUUUUCGUUCAAACUGUGUGAUUUAUACAUAAAAAUCAUAAAAAUUUCAAUUUUUCACCCCAAGACCCCCAUUUUUCCUUCCAGAAAUCCUCCAAACGCGAUUCCCGUGAUGACGAUUCCACCAAUGCCUCACCAAUCACCACUCGAUCCUCCUCAUCCACAAAUUCAUCGAGCCGCCAUCAAAAUUUGGCCCCAAUUUUCACCGGACCCCAUUCGCGUGCUCCAAUCGCAGCCUCACAAUUUUUGGCUAAUCGAGCACAAUCCGAAAUUAUGGGAGGAGGAGGAGAGGAUUUGACGGGAAGAAAGAAUAAGGUUUCACCAACUGGCGAAAAGGGUUCAUCGAGGAAUAAUGGAUUUGUGAAACACACCAACUUGACUGAGUGAGUUGGAUUUUUGGGCGGGAAAAUUUUUACGCCGUGAAAUUUGGAGCAGAAUGAUACCAAAUAUGAAUAUGCCAUGCCACGUGGAAAUAUUUUUUUACAAAAAAAAUUCACUGUUUCAAAAAAUUAUCAAAUUAUUUUGGAUUUGAAAGAAUUUUGAUAUCUUUCAAUUUAUUUUUCGAAUUUCAAAGUUAAAAAUUUCAGAAAGCCAAAGUACUGUAGAAUUUCAGCGCGAAAAAAAUACGCCUUGUACAGUACUUUGGCUUUCUGAAAUUUUUAACUUUGAAAUUCGAAAAAUAAAUUGAAAGAUAUCAAAAUUCUUUCAAAUCCAAAAUAAUUUCAAAAAUUGAAAAUAAAAAAAUAUUCAUAUUUGGUCUCAAAAAAGUACUGUACAAGAUAUCUUUCAAUUUAUUUUUCGAAUUUCAAAGUUAAAAAUUUCAGAAAGCCAAAGUACUGUAGAAUUUCAGCGCGAAAAAAAAUACGCCUUGAAAUUUGGAGCAGAAUGACACCAAACAUGAAUAUGCCACGUGGCGAAAUUUAAAAAAAAAAUCACUGUUUCAAAAAUUUAUAGCCAAAGUACUGUAGAUUUUUAGCUCUAAGAAAAUACGCCUUGAAAUUCUGAACAGUUUGAGACCAAAUAUGAAUAUUUUUUUAUUUUCAAAAAUUCACUGUUUCAAAAAUGGUUAAAAAACUUUCGCUCUGAAAAAAUUUUGAUAAAAAUUCGUGGCUAUUUCGAAUUGGCGCCUAAAUUUACAAGAAGAGGAGUACUGUAGAAUUUUAGCGCGAAAAAAAUACGCCGUGAAAUUCUGAACAUUUUUAUUUCAAACAUGAGUAUGCCACGUGGCAAAAAAUUCACUUUUUCAAAAAUUUAUAAAAUUAUUUUGGAUUUGGGAAAUUUUGGGUGGGGAAAAAAAAAAUUUAAUCCGUGAAAUUUGGAGCAGAAUGAUACCAGAUAUGAAUAUGCCACGUGGCAAAAUUUUUACAAAAAAAAAUUCACUGUUUCAAAAAAUUAUCAAAUUAUUUUUGAUUUUAAAAUUUUUGUUAUGAACGUUGUCCCUAUUUUCAAAUUGGUGUCUAAAUUUACAAGAAGAGGAGUACUGUAGAAUUUUAGCUCUAAAAAAAUACGCCUUGAAAUUCUGAACAGUUUGAGACCAAACAUGCCACGUGGCGAAUAAUUUUAUUUUUUUUUAGAAUUUUUCCUUAAAAAAUUCACUGUUUCAAAAAUUUAUGAAAUUAUUUUGGAUUUGAAAGAAUUUUUGAUAACACCGAAAUUAUUUUUCGAAUUCAAAGUGGCGCUAAAAAUCCAAGAAUAGGAGUAUUGUAGAAUUUUAGCGCUAAAAAAAUACGCCUCGAAAUUCGGACCGUUUUGACACCAAACAUGAAUAUGCCACGUGGCGAAUUUUUUUAACGUCGAAAAAUUUUUAUGAAAAAUUUCGCUGUUUCAAAAAUAUAUGAAAUUAUUUUGGAUUUGAAAGAAUUUUGAUAUCGCCGUAAUUCAAAUUGGUGCUAAAAAUCCAAGAAUAGGAGUACUGUAGAAUUUUAGCGCGAAAAAAAUACGCCUUGAAAUUCUGAACAGUUUGAGACCAAAUAUGAAUAUUUUUUUAUUUUCAAAAAUUCACUGUUUCAAAAAUGGUUAAAAAACUUUCGCUCUGAAAAAUUUUUGAUAAAAAUUCGUGGCUAUUUCGAAUUGGCGCCUAAAUUUACAAGAUGAGGAGUACUGUAUAAUUCAGGUACCAAAAAUUGUUUCAAAGUUUUUUUGUACAAAAAUUAACUGUUUCAAAAAAUGCUCAAAAUUAUUUGAAUUGAAAAUUUUUAUUGGUUUUUUUUCCUUUUUUAUUCAAUAAUAUUUUUCAAAAGCAAAAAAAAUCUGAAAAUUUUUUGAAACAGUGAAUUUUUUGGAUGAAAAAUUUUUUGAAAUUACAAAAUUCAGCCACUUGACAAAAUUCAUUAAUUUUUUUUGAAAAAAAAAUGAUUUUCAAAAAAAAUUCACUGUUUCAAGAAAAUGUUCAAUACAACCAAUUUUUGUCAUUUUUUGGUAGGCAAAGGGUUCAUAUCGAAAACAAAAAAUUAAUUUUUAAUCAUUUUGAAAUUUGAAAUAUCAAUUUACACGUGGAUUUUUGGCACCAAAAAUUUUUUAUUCAAAAUAAUCGGAACGUAUCAAAAUUUUUUCAAAUCAAAAAAAUUUUGAAAAAUUUUUGAAACAGUGAAUUUUUGAAUGAAAAUUAAAAAUUACUAAAUUUUUCCACGUGGCAAGGUUCUUCAAUUUUUUUGUAAAAUCCUGAUUUUAAAAAAAAUUCACUAUAUCAAAAUUUUUUAACCCAUAUACAUAUCAAAAUUUUUUCAAAUCAAAAAAUUUUGAACAUUUUUUGAAACAGUGAAUUUUUUUUCUAAUUAAAAUUAGAAAUUAUCAUAUUUGGUGUCAAAAUGUUCAGAAUUUCACGGUGAAAAAAUUCCACGUGGCAAAAAAAUUUAUUUUCACCCAAGCUUGUUCCAGACGCUUCACCAAAGAAGAUCCACCAUCUCGCCCCGCCCAACUUCACACCAAUCACCAGCGAAAAUCGGUGUUAGACCAACCGAUUCCACAAAGUUCACCCACCUCCAAUUCAUCACCAAUGUCUGUGAUGUCAUCACGCCGGAACACGUCAUCACAGGACUUCCCGCCACCACCAAAUUUGGCGCCAACUCUAUCCACGUAUAUUCCAGUUGGAGCCAAUGAGCCCACACACUAUCUGAUGAGCAAUGGUUAUAUAUCAGCUGCUCCAAAACCACCACAUUUUGCCACGUCACCACAAUUUCCCACGUAUUUACCGGUGGGCGGCGGUUGUGAUGACUAUAUUCGGGUCUCGGGUGGAAAUUCCCCGCACCCGCCACCCACAUACGUGGCAAUUGGAAGAAAUACGGAUGUGGUGAACAACACCCAAAUCUACACCAAUGAUUUUUUGGCGCAAAAAAUUCAGGGCUUGAAUGUCGUCAACCCGCAAUAUUAUCAAUGUAAACCGAAAAAUGGUGGCGGUGGGAGCUUGGCUGGUAAAAAUCAUCAUUUGGGAGCUGGGAGAGGGUGAGUGUUUUUUUUUUGCGGGAAAUUUCGGGAUUUUUUCAUGGUUUUUGAUGUAAAAAUCAGGUUUUUUGGACAAUUUUGAGCCCAGAUUCGAGAGAUUUAGACAGAAAUUUUCCCAAUUUUUUUUCCAAAAAUUCACUGUUUCAAAAAUUGAUCAAAUUAUUUCGGAUUUGAAACAUUUUUGAUAUGGAAUUAUGGUUUUUGUCAAAAUCCGGAAUAAUUUGAUCAAUUUUUGAAACAGUGAAUUUUUGAAUGAAAAAUUUUAAAAUUUUCCAAAAAAAAAAUUCACUGUUUCAAAAAGUUUUCAAUUUUUUCGGAAAAUUAAUUGAUUUAUUGAAUUUGAUCAAUAUUUGAAACAGUGAAAUUUUGAUUUUGAAAAAAAUUUUAUGCAAUAAAAAAGUUUUGAUUUUAAAAAAAUUGAGAUUUUUUUGAAACAGUGAAUUUUUGAAUGAAAAAUUUUUCCAAUUUUCAAAUUUUCAUCCAAAAAAAAUUCACUGUUUCAAAAAAGUUUUCAAAUUUUUCGGAAAAUAAAUUAAUUUAUUCGAAAUUCCCUCAAAUUUGGUGUCGUAAACCAGAAUUCCAUAUAAAAUUUUUUUGCAAUUCCGAAAUAAUUUGAUCAAUUUUUGAAACAGUGAAUUUUUGAGUUAAAAUAAAAUUAUCUGUGCAAUAAAAAUUUUUCAAAUCCGAAAUAAUUUGAUCAAUUUUUGAAACAGUGAAUUUUUGAGUUAAAAUAAAAUUAUCUGUGCAAUAAAAAAAGUUUCAAAUCCACAAAAAAUUGACAAUUUUUUGAAACAGUGAAUGUUUUAAUGAAAAAUUUUAAAAUUUUCCAGUUUUCAAAUUUUCAUCCAAAAAAAAUUCACUGUUUCAAAAAGUUUUCAAUUUUUCGGAAAAUAAAUUGAUUAAUUUAAUUACCUUAAAUUUGGUGUCAAAAUCCAGAAUUCCAUAUAAAUUUUUUUUCAAUUCCGAAAUAAUUUGGCCAAUUUUUCAAUAAAAAAGUUUCGAAUCCAAAAAAAUUGACAAUUUUUUGAAACAGUGAAUUUUUGAAAUUUUUUUUUCCAGUUUUCAAAUUUUCAUCCAAAAAAAUUCACUGUUUCAAAAAGUUUUCAAAUUAUUUUGUAAAUUUAAUUGAUUAAUAGGAUUUUCAAAAAACCAGAAUUCCAUAUCAACAUUGUUCGAUUCCGAAAUAAUAAGAUCAAUUUUUCAAUAAAAAAUAAAAAAAUUUGACAAUUUUUUGAAACAGUGAAUUUUUGAAUGAAAAAUUUUAAAAUUUUCCAAAAAAAAAAUUCACUGUUUCAAAAAGUUUUCAAAUUUAUGGAAAAAUAAAUUGAAUUUGGUGUCAAAUAUCAGAAUUCCACAUCAAAAUUUUUCAAAUCCGAAAUAAUUGUAUCAAUUUUUGAAACAGUCAAUUUUUUUUUGCAAAAAUCUUGAAUCUGGGCUCUAAAUUACCCAAAAAUAUCGAUUUUUGAGUAAAAAACCAUUCAGCUUAAUUCAAAUUUACAAUAAAAAUUUCAUUUUCAAAAAACCCGAAACAAUAAAAAUCUUCACAUUAAAAUUUAAAUCCCGCUCAAAUUCUGAUCAAAAAAUAUUUGAAAGACUCUUCUCUCAAAACUACACGAUGUUUUCGAUUUGCCGAUUUUCUCGAUUUUCGUUCAAAACGCCAAACUUCAUCAUCUCCUUCUGAUUCCAUAAUUCUACCAGAAUCUGUGUAAUUUCGAAUAAUUUGAUACAAAUCUUCUGAUUCUGAAUCCAAAUUCAAAUACAAUUUAAUCGUUCUCAAAUCUCCAUCGAUUGCUUUUUCAUCAAUUAGAAGUUGCUUCAAAAACGCGUCGAAUUCGGUGAUGGAAAACUUCGGCGCACUUAAAUUUAUGUGUGAUGAUUUGAGUUGAAAUAAUUCGUCGAGUUGAAGAUUUGGAAGAUCAAUGUCACAAGAAAAUCGAGAAAUUGUCGCGAAAUCAAUAAAUCCACUUGAAAUUGGAUCAAUUCCAUGUAUAUUUUCAAAAAGGACCAAAUCUUCGAGAUUUUGAUGUUUCAAGUGUUUGAUUGAGCAUUUGUCAUAAGGGAAAUCGACCUGGAAAAAUUUGAAUUUGAAAUUUUCACGCGAAAAUUCAGGAUUCUUUGAAAUUGAAGAAAAAUCGAUAUUUUUUCAAAUUUCGCAUCAAAAAUUUCUGCCACGUGGCAUAAAAUUAAAAAAAUUUCAAAUUUCAAUUUUUCGCGCGCAAAAAAAUCAGGAUUUUAAAAAUUUUUUGCCACAUGGCUUUUUAAAUUUGAAGAAAAUCAAUAAAUUUUCAAAUUUCGCCCCAAAAAUUAAAAAAUUAUCGAUUUUUUUCAAAUCUAAGCCAUUGCCACGUGUAUUUCCACCAAUUUUCUUCCAGAAACCACCAAAAUUCGGACGAUGAGCCGCCAGAUCAUCCAGCUCCACCACCUCCACCAAUUUCAAUGGCUCCGCCCACAAUUAUUGCACCCGUUAUCCCGCCAAGAUAG